ACAAUUAAAAAGAGCUUUUGAAACGCAGCUUUUCACAAAACACGAUUUUCACUUCUCUUAAUAUAUAUAAUCCUCUUUGGAAAUUGCCACGCCCAAAAUCGCAGAUCUCGCGGACUUGCAUAGCAGCACUUGCGCGCCUCGCCGACACAGCCACGAAAGUCAUCACACCUUCCGCGAUCUCGUCAUAAACAACACAAAAUUUUCAGAUCCAAAUCCCAUUUUGAUUCGCUUGCAGACACCAAAGCCUUCGAUCUCCAGAAAUUCUUGCAGCAGCUGGGCCGUCUUCGAUGAAGUAGUCUGCGGCUCGCGGAAUGGCGGAGCAGACCACGGUCGAGAAGGCUUCGUCGGAAGAGGAGAAGAAAAAUGCGGAGGUGGAUCUAGAGUUGUUCAGCUGUCUGCUUCAGCCUUCGACUGUCGAUGCCGAUCCCGAGUACGUCGGAAUUCGCCGAUUUCUUCUCUACCGUAAGGCCCAGUCCGGAGUCGUUCGGCGGAAGGACUGGAGAUGCAAUGGAAAAGGUUAUGUGGCAUACCGUAACUACAUCAACAGGCCAAGGAAUUGGGAAAGUUUGCACAUACCAAGCCACCCAAGUACUCCAGGACAGAGUGGGCGAUGGAUUCCAUCUCCAGGUCCACUCUCCCUCUUGUUUGAGGUAGACAGCUGGAGCUCUAGCAGGGACCUACGAAAUGGAAGUCAAGCUUUUAGUCACAGAACAAGUUUCAGCUCAAGUGCAAGUGACAGUGAUCAUCCACAUCCACGUCGAAAGUUUGAACCAGCAUAUUCAUUUGUUGGAAUGCAUUGCAUCUUUGACCAGUGUAAAGCUUCAGUUACGGUUUUAAAGUUUGGGCACAUGAGUUCUGAGCUACUUGCUUAUGGUGCAUCUGAUGGAAGCUUGACAGUAUGCACAGUCUCUCAGCCACCUUCAAUUGUCAAGCAAUUGCGAGGGCAUUCAAAAGAUGUCACAGAUUUUGACUUUUCAUCCAACAAUCAAUACAUUGCAUCAUCAUCAAUGGAUAAAACUGUGAGAGUAUGGGAGAUAUCAAAAGGCAUUUGUGUUCGAGUAAUAUAUGGAGUUGCCUCACAGUUGUGUAUUCGUUUUCACCCUGUGAAUAACAACUUCCUUUCUGUUGGCAAUGCAAACAAAGAAAUCACUGUAUUCAAUUUCAGCACUGGAAGAAUAAUUAACAAAGCAGUCUUUGACAAUGAGGUUACUGCUAUGGACCAUGAUCACACUGGCCAGCUUAUUUUCUGUGGGGAUGCUCAGGGAUCUAUUUACACAGUUAAUAUGAACUCCCACACUGGAGCAUUGUCCCGUUCUCAUCGCAAUAGAAGUAAUAGCAAACGCAAAUCUCCAGUGACAACUGUACAGUAUCGAACAUUUUCUUUGCUGGCAAGGGGGCCUGUCUUGUUGGCUUGCGUUCAAGAUGGAAGUUUGUCGUUCUUCAGUGUUGCUUUGGAAGUACAAGGUUAUUUGACCCUCCGCUGCUCUCUCAAAUUGGCUCCACGAAUACACAGCAUACGGGCUUCCUUCUGUCCUCUACUUUCGCUUGAAAAGGGUGAAUACAUAGUUUCUGGAAGUGAGGAUUCAAAUGUCUACUUUUAUGAUUUGACUCGGCCACGGCAUACAUGUGUAAACAAGCUGCAGGGUCACGGUUCUCCAGUCAUAGAUAUUGCUUGGAACCAUGGAGAGAACUUGCUGGCUUCGUCUGAUUCUGAUGGAACUGUAAUAAUAUGGAAGAGGGCAAAGACAAAUUAGAAUUAUCCAAUUUCGAGAUGGUUUCAACACAUACAAAAAAUUGAGGGAAUAGAAAUUUAGAAAACUUUUUUUUUUUUUUUUUUUCCCAUUUAUUAUUUUAUUUUUUGUGUUAUUUUGUCAAUCUUAUGUGAAAGGGGCGAACCUUCGCGCAGCAUGAUUACAGGUUACAGGACCGAGUGAGUCGGGUUGAAUUAAUUCUUUGUAAUUUUUGAGUUAAUUUUUAAAUUUAUAAGGUGAGUUUUGAAA